AUGUCUGUUCAUGUAGUCUUAUAUUUUGAUUCUGUUCAAUCAGCGUCAGUACUUGUUUCACGUGUACAUGAUCGCGCUGAGCUUUCUCUUUUGAAACGAGCUUUAUCAAUUCAACGACGAGAUAACUUUGGUUGUGAUGCCUUAAUUGAUAGUUGCGGUGAAAAUGGUGCAUGUUGUGAUACCCAUGAUAUCUGCUAUGGUAUGAAUGGUUGUACACAAUCAAGUUGGUGGUCACCGUUUGCGAGUUUUACAUGUAAUGAAUGUAAUAUGAAUGCUAUUGGAUGCAUUGCUCAAUCAAGUCCCGGUCCAAGUUCAUGUUGCGCCGAUGGUACAUGCGGUAUACCAAGACCUCUGCGAGCGAAAGUGAAGCGCUGA